CAACCAUCAUUUUCAACAUGCAGCCCUUCUCAUUCACCACUCUUGCCCUGGUUGCCAUUGCUGCCACUGCUGUUGUGCGCGCCGACGCUUAUGCUGAUGCCAUUUUUGACAGUUUCGAGUACACACACACAGCAGAAUCAACUUCGACUUUAACAUGGAUUAUCAGUUCACAAUACACAACUUUUGUGGGAGGGGAUCGCACACAUACAACAGUUCUCGCCCAGCGUCAUCCAUUGCACUACAUUGGCCCAUAUAUUAUAUCCGCCGUCUGCUACAGCCACGCUCAUUUGUGCAUUACAAAAAAAUAAUAUGUGUCUAGUAAACACUCGGUAAGAUAUCUGCAACUGGUCUCAUCAAUGUCAUGUCUGGGAUGUCUGGGUAUAUAAGGGGACCUAAAGAACACCCUUAUAAUAAAAAUCGGGCCGGUUCCAUUCCGUAAGUCCCGUAACUGUGGUAUAUACGGGGGCCCACAGAACAUUUGUUCAAUAUGAAUCCGACUGGUGACACGCCUAAGACCUGAAAUCAGAGGCGGCGGAAUGGGAGGAGGGUGGGAUUUACCCAUGUACCUUCUCCGGAUUGCCGGCGUCUGGAUGGGCUCCUCACAAAAUCACAACACGGGCAUGGCUAGAAAGAGUAGCGCAUGUACCAAACCCACAACAUGACAACCAGUUGCAAAUAUCUCCGAGCGUCCAACGACAUUUUGUACUCGAAGCUCUAUGGGCUCUAAACAGCUAUAAUUUGCGCGGCGAUGCUUUUUAGAUGGCACUUUACUUUUAACUGUGCUAAUUUUUGUCUUUGCCACCCAUCAUGGCAGAAAAUAAAACCACUGUACAU